AUGCAGGAAAUGGCGGAAACAAACUUCUCCUGUAAUUCUUCAAUGCUCGAUUCAAAUUCAACUUCAUUUUCUAUGCAAAAAGAAUGCUUGUUAUUCGACGUGAAUUUCCAUACAACACAGUUUCUUUACGUAACACACAUCUUAACUGCAGUUGUAAAUAGCUUGUUCUCUUUCACAGCCACUGCCGGUAAUGCCGUUGUUAUUCUCACAGUUUGGAGAUCUCCAUCGCUUCAUACGCCUUCUAAUACACUCAUCUGUUGUCUUGCUGUUAGCGAUUUAACGGUUGGCUUGUUGACGCAGCCUUGCUUUGUAGUGCACAAGAUCGGCGAGAUUUUGCACAACUUUCGAAUGUACUGCAUAACCAGGUUAGUGUCCGAGUCUCUUGGAAGCAUUACCGCAGGUGUUUCCGGACUCACGAUGGCGGCAGCCACCAUAGAAAGAUAUUUAGCGCUGUACUUCCACUUGCGGUACAAUGAAAUUGUAACUGUGAAGCGUGUUUUGAUUGUGGUAUCAAGCUUUUGGAUCUUCCUCGUCACCUUGGCUACGUUCCGACUAUUGCUUCUCCGCCCGGAACUUUACAACACUAUUUUAGUGACAACUAUUUCGCUGAGUUUGCUGUUGACAUAUCUGGUUAACGUAAAAAUCAUGAAGUGUGUCAGAAUGCAUGAACAACAAAUUCAGGCGGAGUGUACAAGCGCAAGACUGCAAACUGAAGAGAAAACUAGUCGUCUGAGGGAUAUGUUACGCUUCAAGAAGUCAACUGUCACAAUGAUAAUUGUUGUUGGUAUUUUUACUUUGUGCUUUUUACCGAUGCUUUGUGUUAAGCUAGCACACAGAUUAUGGGGAUACACGGUCAGAGUGAAAGCUGCGUAUCUAUUUGCAUCGACGAUUACAUUUUUGAACAGCUCAAUUAACCCUUUAGUUUAUUGUUGGAGGAUAAAAACUUUAAGGAAUGCCGUGAAAUCAGUUUUAAAACAACUAAAAUGCAAAAAAGAUAAAAUCAUUCCAAGUUUACAAAGAGGUGAAACUCAAACCUCACAACUGACAGUUUAG